CCCCCGUCAGCGUUCUGCCUCUUCCCGGUAGUUUUUUCCUCUACGGGGGUUGUUGGGUUUUUUUUGUUUUGUUUUGUUUUGCUUGUUUGUUUGUUUCCACAAUAAACUGGAUGGUCUUCUAGUCGCUCCUAGUCCGUUUCUGAAUUCAGUACGGGGUCAACCGCGCUUCCCGCUCACCCAGGUUCUCCACAUUCUGUGACUUGGCUAGCUUCCACACCUCCUCCCUAGCCAUGGCUUCACUUAGCAGUCGGCCUGGUUCCUAGCUCACGCGGAGGGAGGGAGAACUGCAGAUCUUGGCUGGGACCUGGAAGGACCCCACCGGACUCGACCCGCAUUAAAAUCUGAGGAGUCCCUCCGCUCGUUGGCCAGCAACCGCGCCACCCCGUCACACACAGGCCGGGCACCCACGGUACAGAGCCGGCCGAACCCGAACCCAGCCGGAGCCCCGCCCAGCACCCAGCCGGAGCCCCGCCCAGCGCCCCGCCGGCCCCGCCCAGCGCCCCGCUGGCCCCGCCCAUCGAUGCCUACUUCAAGGGAGCCGCCCGGGCGCAGCCGCGCGGUGACGUCACGGGAGGCGCCGGGCGUGUGCGAAGCUUCUUUUGAAUCUAGUUGGCGGGAGUCGCGGGCUGCGGGUGCGGCGGACUGGCCGGCUAUGGAGUCCACUCCGGGGAGUGAGGAGACUGAAGGAGGCGCGGCGACAGAGGAGUGCGUGAAUAGAAUCCCGGUGCCAAGACCACCCUCCAUUGAGGAGUUCACCAUAGUGAAGCCCAUUAGCCGCGGUGCAUUCGGGAAAGUGUACCUGGGACAGAAAGGCGGCAAGUUGUACGCAGUGAAGGUUGUCAAAAAAGCAGACAUGAUCAAUAAAAACAUGACUCAUCAGGUACAAGCUGAGAGAGAUGCACUGGCGCUGAGCAAAAGCCCUUUCGUUGUUCAUCUGUAUUACUCACUGCAAUCAGCAAGCAACGUCUACUUGGUAAUGGAAUAUCUUAUUGGUGGAGAUGUCAAGUCUCUCCUACAUAUAUAUGGUUAUUUUGAUGAAGAGAUGGCUAUAAAAUAUAUUUCUGAAGUAGCAUUGGCUUUAGACUACCUGCAUAGACAUGGAAUCAUCCACAGGGAUUUGAAACCGGACAAUAUGCUUAUUUCCAAUGAGGGUCAUAUUAAGCUGACAGAUUUUGGGCUUUCCAAAGUUACUCUGAAUAGAGAUAUCAAUAUGAUGGAUAUUCUUACAACACCAUCAAUGGCUAAACCUAAGCAAGAUUAUUCACGAACCCCAGGACAAGUCUUAUCUCUCAUCAGUUCUUUGGGAUUUUUCACACCAGUUGGGGAAAAAGAUCAAGACUCUACAACCAUGUUUUCAGCCCCUAAGUCUGAGGCACAACUUUCUCAAGGAUUAAUUUGCCCUAUGUCCAUAGAUCAGAAGGAGCCUACUUCUCACUCUAGUGGACUACUAAAAUCACGCCUUGAAAGAGUUGCAUCCAAUCUAGAACUACCUGUGAAAUGCCUGACUUCUAACCUACUCCAGUGCAGGAAGAGGCUGGGCACAUCAAGUACUAGCACUCAGUCUCAUACCGUCGCAUCCAGUGUGGAAUCAGAAUGCCACAGCAGUCCCAAAUGGGAAAAAGACUGCCAGGAAAGUACCAAGUCUUCUGGCUGUACAAUGAUGAGCUGGAAUGCAGUUGAAAUGCUUUAUGCAAAAUCUACAGAUGCUACUGAGACAAAAACAGAUCUUGAAUUAGCGCUUUCUCCCAUUCAUGACAGUAGUGCCAUUCCUGCCACUGGAAGCCACCAUUUGAACCUCCCUAGAAAAUGCUUCUCCGAGGAAAUCUCUUGUGAAGCGAGAGAACUGGAUAUAAAUGAUGAGAACAUGAUCAUUGACAUGAGACAGUCUGGUUUCCCUCAGGCCAAUCAGUGGGCUAUAAAGUCUAGUGACAUGUCUGAAGAACACCUUGGUAAAAGAAAUUUUAAAAGAAGUUUUCAAUUGGUUGACUCUAGUCCUUGUCAGGAAAUUAUACAAAGUAAAAAAAACUGUAUAGAGUGUAAGCAAGGUAAGGAAGUAAUAGGUUGCUAUGUAAAUCAAAAUACAGGCAUAACAGCUGAAGUCCAGAAUCUUAGGCUAUCAGCAUACAGAAGUCAGCAGAAUGACUCUGCUAAUAAGGAGAACAUUGUCCCCUAUUUUACUGAUAAACAAACCCCAGAAAAAUUACAUAUACCAAUGAUAGCAAAAAACCUUAUGUCUGAACUAGAUGAAGAUUGUGAAAUGACCAGUAAAAAGGACUGCCUACGCAGUUCUAAUUUUGUAUGUUCUGAUGAGGAUAGAGCUUCUAAAACUGUCUGCGUGGAUUCAGAUUCAUCUUUUCCUGGAAUUUCUAUGAUGGAAAGUUCACUGGAAAUUCAGGCCUCAGAACCAGAUAAAAGCAACAAAGAAUGCUCUUUUGAAGAAUCAAAUAUUGAAGAUCUACUUGUAUUACCAAAGUGCCAAGAAAACUUGGCUUCCUCUUCAAAAGCAUUGAAACCACUAACCUGCAAAACAAAUGCCGUAGCUUUUCGAAGCUUUAACAGUCAUAUUAAUGCAUCCUAUAAUUCAGAACCGUCCAAGAUGAGCAUAACUUCUUUAGAUGCUAUGGACAUCUCCUGUGAUUACAGUGGCUCAUAUCCCAUGGCUGUGACCCCCACUCAGAAAGGAAGAUCCUGUAUGUCACAUCAGCAGACUCCAGGAAAUCAGGUCAAGUUGGGAACAUCAUACAGAACUCCAAAGAGUGUAAGAAGAGGGGCAGCCCCAGCAGAUGACGGACGAAUUCUAGGAACUCCAGAUUACCUGGCACCUGAGCUUUUACUGGGUACAGCCCACGGUCCUGCAGUAGAUUGGUGGGCACUUGGAGUCUGCUUGUUUGAAUUUCUAACUGGAAUUCCCCCUUUUAAUGAUGAAACUCCACAACAAGUAUUCCAGAAUAUUUUAAAAAGAGAUAUCCCUUGGCCAGAAGGUGAAGAAAAGUUAUCUGAUCAUGCUCAGAGUGCAAUGGAAAUACUUUUAACCAUUGAUGAUACAAAGAGAGCUGGAAUGAAAGAACUGAAACAUCAUCCUCUCUUCAGUGAAGUGGACUGGGAAAAUCUGCAGCACCAACCAAUGCCUUUCGUACCCCAACCAGAUGAUGAAACAGAUACAUCCUAUUUUGAAGCCAGGAAUAAUGCUCAGCAUCUCACCAUAUCUGGGUUUAGUCUGUAGAACACACAUGUCAUUUUUACUUAACCUUGUGAUAUAGAAUUAGGUUUUGCAAUAACAUGUUCCUUCACACUAGAUUGAUCUAACAGGAUAGAAGUCAUUAUUAUACCUAGGCUAAUGAGCUUUUAAUUACUAAAUACAACAGCUUUUACAGAGUUGAAAUACAAUAUGUAAUUUAUCUUUACCUUAAACUGCAUAUAAAUCAUCACAGCUUUUUUCAUCUUAUUAUUUAUUCACUGCACUUUAUGAAGACUAACGUAUCAAUAACCUAAAACAACACUACUGCUCUAUACAGAGGGAAAGAGCCAUAAGCUUGUCUGUAUCUGCUGAUUUCAUUGUUCUGUUCACUUUGGUGUUAAUAUCAAACAAACAAAAAAGGAUGAUUUCAUUUAAAUUUAUUUGUACAUGGUUGCCUGCAAAACUGUGGUCUCGGGGCAGUCAUAUAAGAUAAUACAUAACUAUCAAAAUCAUUUGAGCCAGACAUGCUGAUGCAAGCUGGAAGUCCCAAUAUUCAGGAGGCAGACACAACACAGGAGUAUGACUGCAAUUUCAAGACUAAGGUCAGCCUGGUCCAUCUCUGAGCUGGAGACCAGUCAGGAAUACAUAGUGAGACCCUGUCUUGCAAAACUUAAAAAAGGUAGCUGGAAAACUAUUACUCAGUAGCAUAACUUUGCGGAGUGCAGUCUAGACAAAAGAACUAAGGUUUUAAGGGUUUAGCUUACCUUCCUAUCGAUAGAAUUUUGCUUUUGCUACCUGAUUGCUUUUGUUGCUUCCCUCUAUAAUUCCUGUUUAUGAGUUCUAGAAAGGUUGGAUGUGACACUUUAAGCAAUCUUAAUAGCUUGUUCAGUUUUAAUAGAAAAAAAUAUACUUUACAUCUUAUUUCUAACAUCAUCAGAGACAAAUAGUAAUAAUCUACUUUUGCUUAGUAAUUGUAACUAGUGAUUGUCAGCAUCAUUCUUUCAAAGAAUGUACUAAGAAUCAGCUCACGUCUUAUCUUAAACUGAUUGAGGCUUUUAGCAUUUCCCUAGAAGAGCAAAAUUAAGAUUUAAAUGUAUCAUAGGUAAGGUUUUACCAAUAACCUUUUGCACACUGACUUUAGUGUUUCUACUUUCAUUUUUCACCUAGUCACAGCCCAGAUAUAACACAGUUUGCAAAGAUGAGAGAAGUCUAAGUCUGUUACAGUAAAAGACACAGCGUAACUGGUGCUGGGUAUGGAAUCCUUGGGUUAAAGGUUUCACUCUGCUUAUUCUAGUAAUGACCACUUAAAUUUUCCAGUCACCUUUUUAAAUAAAAAUAUUCAAAAUACAGUUACUACAACUUUAUUUAAAGUGAGUCACACUUUCAGGUGACAGCAUAUUCUAUAGGCUAUUUGCUCAAUCUAUCAUCCUUUUAUAGUGUUUUCAAGUAGCAGGGGGAAAAAGCCUGACAUAAAAAAAAAAUGGUUAAACAAUUGUGCUAACACAUCAAAAUGCCAUGGGCAGGUUAAUAUUGAGCACUAAUAUACUGGCGAAUGAUAUAAUUACUUUGGAGGCUGGAGGUAGAGAAUACUUACCUAGUGUGCAUAGGACCCUGGGUUCAAUCUCCAGUAACACAAAUACAAAUUCCUUUGUAGAAUUAGAAUAAACAGAGCCAGAUUAACAAACUAGGAGUCCAAGGAGGCCUGGCCUCUGAGAGCUCUGGAUCCCAGUUAGUUAAAAAUGAGUCUGCAGAAGCAAACCCCUAGUGGUUUCUUAAAGCAAAUCACUGGACAAUUGGUUAUAGUAAAAUGAAAUUCUGCUGUGGACUACUGAGAGGUCCUAACCUGCCUGGGCUAUAUGAAGAAAGCACUGAACUCUAGACAAGAAAGUAUGUCAGUGGAUGGCUGAAUAGACAUAGGGAUACAUUUAUUCCAAGAAACAGUGUGCUCUGAGUACACAGAAGAGAAACAGUUCUUUUCAAAGAUGUAAAAAUGUUUUCUUCUACCUUUUGGUUCUCUCAUAAGUUGCUGUUUUCAUAGUAGUUGGUGGUGUUUUUUCAUUGACAGCAAAUCAACAACACUUUGCACAUUUAUGUUUUAUUUUACCUGUCUGUAGAGAAUGUAAAGAAUAAAAAAUUAAAAUUAAAAAAAGAAUUCUUUCUCCUUUCACGGUUAUUUAACCUAAGGUUCCAGCAGUGUUGUUUUUGAUUGUGUGAUGGAUUCAAUAAGAAUGGCCCCCAUAAGGCUCAUGUUUGAAUACUUAGUUGGUGGAACUGUUUGGGAAGAAUAGGAAGUAUGUCACUGAGGGUGAGCAUUAAGGUUUCAAAAGACUCAGGUCACUCCCAGUAUGCUCUGCCCCUGCUUAUGGUUAAGAUAUGAAUGUUCAGAUGUUGCCUGCUACCUCUGCUCCACCAUCGUGAACUCUACCCCUGAAACCAUAAGCCCCAAAUAAAGUGUUUUUUUUAAUAAGCUGCCUUGGUAGUGUUGUCUUAAUCACAGCAAUAGAAAAAUAACUAAUACAUAUCAUUUAUUCAACUGACUAAAUGGGACAUACAUGAAUGAGUAAUUAAAACAUUCUGGAAAACAAAAACUAGGGUAAGAUGGUUCAGUGAGUAAAGGCACUUGCCACCUAUCCUGAGCACCCAAGUUCAGUCUCUAGGAACCACACAGUGAGGAGAGAACUGUAAGCUGUUUUCUGACCUCCAUACAUGUGCUAUGGCAUGGGCACAUGCACUCUCAAAAACACUAAAACUUGAAGUAUUACUGAAUUGGACUUAUUUCUAAUAGAGAAGACAGGACCCUGUCUUAGGGUUUCUAUGGCUGUGAUGAAAUGCCAUGACCAAAAAGCAAGUUGGAGAGGAAAGGAAUUAUUUGGCUUACACUUCCAUAUCACUGUUCAUCAUCAAAGGAAGUCAGGACAGGAACUCAAACAGGGCAGGAUCCUGGAGGCGGGAGCUGAUGCAGAGGCCAUGAAGGAGAGUUGCUUACUGGCUUGUUUAUCAUGCCUUGCUCAGCCUGCUUUUUUAUAGAACCCAGGGCUAUCCCAGGGAUGGCACCACCCAUAAUGGUCUGAGCCCUCCCCCAUCAAUCAGUAAGAAAAUGCCCUACAGUCAGAUCUUACAGAGGCAUUUUCUCAAUUGAGGUUCCCUCCUUUCAGAUAACUCUCGUUAGUGUCAAGUUGACAUAAAAUUAGUAGAAAUAAAUAAAAUUGAGUAGAAAACUACAAUUUGCUAUGACAGACAUGGCAUAUACAGCUACAGUCACCUAAAAUUCUGCUAGAUAAGGCAUGCUGUAAUGAUAUUUGUUGAGAAUAAAUGACUCAUCUAAAUUUACACCUGUUGGGAAGCUACAUUCAGACUCUUGUUAAAGAGAAACCAAAACAAGGAGAUAAAUGAUCUUGGUUGUCCCCUACAGAAAUCAACUCAUCUGAAGAAAUAAGAAUGCCACCUCCAAAUAUACCUCUCGCAUAAACAGUUUGAGCUAAAGGCAUUUCAAACAGAAAACACAGGACAGUCCUCUCUAUCCUUCUGUAUACAGGUAGGUAUAAAUUCUCCUUCACUGGGGACAACUCUAUUGUGAGCCAAGAGACAGCACCAGAGGAGUCCAAGCAAACAUUACUCUAUACCUUUACAUCCCCAGCUUCACAUCUACGGAAAAUUAAAAUGACUUUUCUUUGUCCUUUGUAGGCAGGAAGAGGACUGCUUCAAGUCUGAGGCCAGUCUGAGCUACAUACUAAAACCCUACCUCAUUUAACUGUAUUACUAAUAUCCCCAGUCAUAUGACAAAUGAGUUAAAUUGAAUUCACUUCUGAAAUUUUCAUCAAAUUACACAUAAUAUGGUUUUAUUUAGUCUCAUGAGUUUCUUCUCUUUGCGUGGUGCUGGGGACUGAAUCUUGAACCUCACAUGCUUGGCAUGUGGAAGAGCUGUAUCUCCUGCCUGCCACUCAGGAUUACUUUAUAUGAACUCAAUAUUAUUUACACUCAUUUUAGCUUUGUACACAUCAAUACAGUUAACCAGUAAUAAAAAAAAAUUUCAUUUCUCAUUAACCUUUUAUUUUUAACUUAGUUUUACAAUAAACAGAAAAGCUGAUCAUUAAAAAAAUAUCAUAGCUGUCAAUUUUUAAAAUGAGGUUUAUGUUUUAAAGCAUUACCAUUAUAUCCUAUAAUUACAUCUUUUAUAUACAAGAACUGUGCAAAGUGCUUUUCAAACUAUAAAGUAAUUCUGGUAUAAGAUACAAAUGGUUGUCCUUAGGAGUUAGUUAUCUUGACUACUUGCAAUGAAUCACAACUGGUUACAUCCUUGAUUUGCAUUUUAUUUAUAUAAGAAAGCCAUCAUUUUAUGAUACCAACUUGUCUAAUUUAAAAAAAAUAAGCUCUUGAUCCACACUUUCUCUAUGAUAAUUCAGUUAUUUGCUUUUUUUUCCUUCUAAAUAAGUAGAAGAUAGAUUUGGGUUUGUUUUGUAUCUUAAGCAAAUACUAGUAGCUCCUUUUAAACAGAUCAACCAAGAUGUGAUAUGCAAUUUAAAAAAUAAGUACAGCUAAAAAAAAAAAAGAGAAAUCUGGGACAAGCAAAUCAUGUUCUCAUACUUUU